AUGAAGCUGCAUCCAUUAAGUUGUAAUUUAAGAAAAAAUUGCUUCUUAAUCAAAUUAAUGCAGAUGAAUUUUUUAAUUGAUUGUGGUCUAGAUACUUCAUACUUUUUAGAAUUCCCGCCUCGUGAUAUUAUCGGUUCAAAAGCUCAACAACAACAUAUAUCAAUUACCGUUGAAGACCCUUCUAGCACGUUAGAUCAUUUAGAUCUUACAUCUUCCUCCAAUGAUGCUACUCCGUCCAAUGUUCUUUUAGAAAAUAAGGAACACGACAGGAAACGUCGUAAAUUGGAUCAUUUGAUAGAUUCAACUGGCGAUGGUGGAAAUUCUGGCAGUGGAGUUCGUCGACGUGGUCAAUUUUUGGUGGAAACACCGGAAUUUAGUAGCAUCGACUGGAAUAAUAUAGAUUUCAUAUUUAUAACUAAUUACAAUCAUAUGCUGGCUUUACCUUAUAUUACCGAAUAUACGGACUUCAAAGGAAAGAUUUACGCCACAGAACCUACUGUCCUAUUUGCACGACAAAUGAUGAAAGAAUUAGUGCAUUUCUUUGGUGACAGCGCACUUCUAAGUCGAACUCAUUCACAACCCGGGUCCACGAACAUUUUCUCGGGUGUUACUGCGGAUUGGAAUGUUGCACGAUCUUUAUAUUCAAUAGCGGACAUUCAAUCAUGUAUUGAUAAAGUGAGACCCGUAAGAUUUGGAGAGCAUUUGAACUUAUUCGAACUUGAAGUUACUGCGUAUAGUUCAGGUUAUUGUCUUGGUGCCGCUAAUUGGAUGAUCGAUUGUGGUGGAGAAAAGAUUGCCGUAAUAUCAUCAUCUUCCACGAUACCGAUACAUCCUUUGCCAUUUGAUGAAGCAGUAUUUAAUGAUGUUGACGUUGUUAUCCUUAGCGACUUGCGUGAUGAGGAUAGCUCUAGAUUUGAAAACAUUCUUAUGGAAAUUGGUCAAUGUGUUGCAAAUACUUUAAAAAACAAAGGAAAUGUCUUAUUUCCUUGUACAAUGAAUGGAAUUAUUUUUGAUAUAAUGGAUUUUUUGGAUCAACACUUGAAAGCUAUGGGAUUACGUGGUAUUCCGUUCUAUGCAGUAUCGCCCAUAGCGGAAGAAUCACUAAAAUAUUCUAAUAUAUGUGGGGAAUGGAUGUGUACAGAGAGACAGCAAAAAAUGUAUCUACCGGAUAAUCCGAUGCCCCAUCAAGACAUGAUUGAACAGAUGACAUUAUAUUAUGCAUCUAGGGCUGAUAGUACACUUCAAGAAAAAUAUCAGGAGCCAUGUGUGGUCUUUGCUGGGCAUCCUUCUUUACGUAGUGGUGCUGCGAUAAAUUUUAUUAGAAAAUGGGGGAAUAAUGCGAAUAAUUCAAUAAUAUUUAUAGAAGCUAUGUCUGCCUUUGAAGGGUUACAAAUAAAGCCUACAUAUCUUCCAAUCGACAUUAGAUUAACUGUCAGUGAGGUAAUAAAUAUGCUGAGAGAAAAGAAACCUCAACACGUUUUAUUUCCUCAUAAGAUCAUUGGAGAUGCGGAUAAUAUAAAACAGAACUUAUCAAACUCAUUAAUUACUUUGUAUGAGAGUUUAGACAUUGUUAAUAUUUCAAUUAACUCACAAUUCGUUAGAACAGUUAUGACAGAGGAUCUUGCCUCAGUUAUUGAACCAGUCAAUUUUGGAAAUGAUUCGUUAAUAGCGUCCUUAGGUGGAACUUUAAGCAUAUACAAUACAAAAACGUCAUUGACAAAGGCAACAAAUUCAUUAAAUCGACAAAAAUAUAUUUUUGGAGAAUUUAAUGUUGUAAAAUUAAUUAAUGAAUUAACUGAACAAAUAUAUGGAAGUAGGAUUGAUUUCUUUCAUGAAGAUAAAAGAAAUUCAAGUUAUACAAUUAGUUUAGUAUCACCAAAGGCGACAAUUUAUUUGAACAAGGAAGAUUUUAAAAUUGUUACAAUUGAUAAUCAAACUAGGAUUAAAUUAACGGAGAUUCUGCUUGAGCAACUAGUUGUGAUAUGA